AAUUCAAGCUGUAACAACAAACCGUGGAAUAAGUCAAGGGGUAUGAAUACUUUCAGAAGGCACUCUCCAUAUUAUCUGAGACUGUAAAUGUCACCAAUGUGUGAACAUGGGUAAAUGCAAAUAUCAUCUGGAUAUCAUUACCAGAGCCUUCUUGAAGUCAUACUCCUAAUAUCCCAGCCUGGUCUGACUGAGGGUUGGACACUAGACUGGGAGGGGGGUUCAGCUCUGAGACAUAGUAUGGACUGGUUUCCAGGACAAUCCAUUAAACCUAGUUCUGGACUAAAAAGCACUAGUGUUUUGUUAGUCCAAGACUAGACCUUAUCUGUGUCUAGGAAACUCAGCCCAAUAACACUGUUACUGAGGGGGGGUCAACUCUAAGGGCUGGUUUCCCAGAUACAGAUUCUUCCUAGUCAAGGUUCAAUCUGUGUCUGGGAAACCAGCCCAAUGACACAGUGUCUGAGUGUCUGACCAGACACAAACUAAGCCUAUAUUCCUGGACUAAAAAGCUAUCUAAAUAGAGAUUAUUCAUUUAGCAUGCUUUUAAGUCCAGGACCAGGUAUAAUCUGUGUCCUGGAAACCAGCCCAAUAACACAGUAACUGAGCUUCUAUAUCUCUGGUACAGGACCAAGCUUGUGUGUCUAUAUGUCUGGUAUAACAGCAGGUUUCUACAGUGAGGUGCAGUAGACAGCAUGCCUGCCCGUCUGCUCAAUGAGCCUGUCUCCUCUCGCCUCAGCCUGGAUUUUAGCACGCCACACUCACUUUUAGCAGUCCAAAGUCAAAUAGUGACUCACAAAUUCCUCUGCUUUUCUUUUUCCAGGGAUCUGCGGCAGACAUUAGGGAGAGGCAUCGUCACCUUUCCUCCCUCCUCCUCCACUCCCUGCUUCUGCUCGCCUAACCCAGGCCUAUACAGUCUCCACAGUACGUUACAGAAGUAUCCUGUCUUUCUAACUACUGUCCACGCACACCUCUAGUCUCAACGAGGGGCACUUCUUUCCCGUUUGGGUGUUUGUUGGCGGUGGUGGUGGCACAAGGGGUCAUGGAGACCAGGACUAGCCGAAGACCGUGUAGCAGCGCCGAGCAACACUUACUGCUGGCGGUCGCGCUCAUCGCAUGCAGCUCACAACUACUGGUGGACGCCAACUCCUGGUUGUCGUUAGCGAUGAACCCUAUCCAGAGACCGGAGAUGUACAUCAUCGGGGCCCAGCCUCUGUGCAGCCAGCUUACGGGGCUCUCCCAGGGGCAGAGGAAGCUGUGCCAGCUCUACCAGGACCAUAUGGUUUACAUAGGCGAGGGGGCCAAGACGGGCAUCAAUGAGUGCCAAUACCAGUUCAGACAUCGGCGGUGGAACUGUAGCACGGUGGAUAAUGCAUCCGUGUUCGGACGCGUCAUGCAGAUAGGGAGCAGGGAGACAGCCUUCACCUAUGCCAUCAGUGCAGCAGGCGUGGUGAAUGCGGUCAGCAGAGCGUGCCGGGAGGGAGAACUCUCCACCUGCGGAUGCAGCCGCGCCGCUCGACCCCGUGACCUACCGCGUGAUUGGCUGUGGGGCGGCUGUGGCGACAACGUCAACUAUGGCUACCGUUUCGCCCGGGAGUUUGUGGACGCGCGGGAGAGAGAAAAGAACUACCCUCAAGGCUCCAAAGAAGAUGCUAGAACACUGAUGAACCUACAGAACAACGAGGCAGGGAGACAGUCAGUCUACAACCUGGCCAACGUGGCGUGUAAGUGUCAUGGCGUGUCUGGUUCCUGCAGUCUGAAGAUGUGCUGGCUCCAGCUGGCAGACUUCCCCCGCGUUGGAGAGUUCCUGAAGGAGAAGUACGACAGCGACCGCCGCCAUGCGCAUCGGACGAAACGAAAACUGGAGCAGGUGGACAAACGCUUCAAGCCUGACCCGAGACCUGGUCACAUCGACCAGAGCCCAGACUACUGUCUGAAGAACGAGACCACCGGCUAUGGAACCCUGGGGAGACUCUGUAACAAGACGUCAGAGGGGAUGGACGGGUGUGAGCUGAUGUGCUGUGGGAGAGGAUAUGACCAGUUCAAGACCUAUAAGCAUGAGAGAUGCCACUGCAAGUUUCACUGGUGUUGUUACGUCAAGUGUAAGAGGUGCACUUCCCUGGUGGAUCAGUUUGUCUGCAAGUAGCAAAGGAAGGGAGGGAGAAAUAAAAUGAGAGAAGAGUUUGGACGAUGGAUGGAUGGAUGGAUGGAUGGAUGGAUGGACAGUUCGACAUGGGGAAGGGAGGGGUUGGAAUGGAAGGACAUGUAGCCUAUGAGGGGUGUGAGAUUAGAUAACAAUAAUAAAUAAAUAAAUAAAUAUAUAAAUAAAUAAAGUAAGCAAAUGCGUUGAUAGUAAUUGAAUGAGACUUUUCUAUGACUCAAGCUGCCUGAGGGAGGACUUGACUGACAAGCAGGCGAAUGCCAAACAGAAAGGCCUGCUAUGUCUGUUCGUUUUGUUUGUUGUCUCCUGGUCGGCAAUUUGCUUCCCCUCCCCUUCGCAACUGUCCCCUGAUUGGUGGCUUGU